AAGCAAAGUCAUAGCCCCAACAACUGUACAUACAAAAAGUACAAUUACACAAUCUCACAAACAACCAAACCAACCUCUUCCUUUCUCUCAAAUCACAUCAAAAACCUUUCAAUCUUUCUCUCUUUCUUCUUCUACUUCAAUUCUCUUCUUUCUUCACUUUUUAUUUUUGUCCUUUAAUUAAUAAUUAAUUUGGAGUUACAUAGAUCUUAGCUUAGCUUCAGUUUAUUACAACUCCCCCAAGAGAGAGAAACGUACAAGCUGCAUUUAAAGAAGCUCAAAGAUUACUUAUUUUGAAGUUACACUUACACCCACCUUCAAAAAUUGUACCUUUCUGAUCAAGGAGUAAUCUUUGUUCUGAUUUCAGAAGGGUUCUGAAGAUUUUUGGGGUUAUUUGUAAUUGCCCUUGAAUUGAAAAGGUUCUUAAAACCUGAUUUUCAUUCAGCAGUGUUCUACAAAGAGUAUGAGGAAAAAUGUUGGUUCUCAUUCAGGAAGGAUGUUUAGUGACAGGAAAUGGAUUAUACCAUUUUUUGCAAGUUUGUUGGUAUCUGUGAGCUUGGUUCUUACAGCUAUUCUUGGUGAAUUUAGUUCUUAUGGUGGAGGAGAGGAGUCGCCGUUCGACAUUGUUUCGUUCAAUGGAUCAGAGGAUUACAAUGGAGAUUUUGUCGAGUCGGAUUUGGAAAGGUCGAUCAAUGCUAGUGUGGUUGUGAAGAUGGAGGCACCUAAGUUUGCAUAUCUAAUUUCGGGUACAAAGGGUGAUAGUCAUAGGAUGAUGAGGACAUUGGAGGCGGUUUACCACCCGAGGAAUCAAUACAUUUUGCAUUUGGAUCUUGAGGCUCCGCCUCGGGAAAGGUUGGAAUUGGCGAAUGCAGUGAAAGCUGAUCCGGUGUACAGGGAAGUGGAGAAUGUGCGCGUUAUGUCGCAAUCCAAUUUGGUAACUUAUAAGGGUCCUACUAUGAUUGCUUGUACCCUUCAAGCUAUAGCAAUACUAUUGAAGGAGAGUUCAGAGUGGGACUGGUUUAUAAACCUCAGUGCCUCGGAUUAUCCUCUUGUGACACAGGAUGAUAUGCUUCAUGUUUUCUCUAAUCUGUCAAGAGAUCUCAAUUUCAUUGAACAUACACGCAUUUCCGGUUGGAAAUUGAACCAAAGAGCAAGGCCCAUCAUUAUUGAUCCUGCCCUUUACUUAACAAAGAAAUCUGAUUUAGCAUUGACUACUCAAAGAAGAACACUUCCGACGUCUUUUAAAUUGUUCACUGGUUCGGCUUGGGUUGUACUAACGCGGUCUUUUGUGGAAUACUGUAUAUGGGGAUGGGAUAACUUUCCACGGACUAUGCUUAUGUAUUAUACAAAUUUUGUCUCUUCUCCCGAGGGAUAUUUUCACACUGUCAUUUGUAACACUCAGAAGUUUCGACACACAGCAAUAAGCCAUGAUCUUCACUACAUUGCUUGGGACACUCCACCAAAGCAACAUCCCAUCUCUUUAACUAUGAAGGACUUCGACAAAAUGGCUCAGAGCAAGGCUCCCUUUGCCCGGAAGUUUGCAAAGGAUGAUGCAGUCCUAGACAAGAUUGACAAAGAACUUUUGAGCCGCACGCAUAGAUUUUCACCAGGUGCAUGGUGUAUUGGGACAUCAGAAAAUGGAGCAGACCCAUGUUCUUCGCGUGGCAAUGAUACGGUGUUUCGGCCAGGACCCGGUGCUGAGAAGCUACGCAAGCUGCUUCAGGUGCUGUUAUCUGAAGAAUUUCUAAGCAAGCAGUGUUUGUGACAAUGGAGUACACUACAAAUUGGAUAAUUCAAGUGUACAUAAUGUGGUUAUAUAUAUAUAUCAUAUAUAUGAGAUAUAAAAAGUUAGGAUUUUGUAUCCUAUAAUAUAGAUUCACAGUAAGAAGCAACAAGCACUGACAGUAGCAGUUUUUUGGUGCUUGUUUUGGUUUAGUUUUGCCAAUUCCAGCCAGCCAUUUAUGCUGUAACAAUCUUUUUAUUUUUGUUGAGUUACAAAAGGCAAUUAAGUUUCAUAGCAGAUAUUUUAAUUUUUUUAUUGGUUAUCUAUAUUAUCUUAUGGAUAAAUUCUUAGGUCA